AUGGCAGUUCAAUGCAGCAAUCCAUGGCCUUUUCGUUUUGGAUCAAGCAAACAUGAGAUAUACUCGAGGUCAUUAUAUACUGCACCUACCACUUUCUCCACAAAGGAGCACUAUCACAUUUCAUUUGAUUAUUCACUACCAACACCUCAUUGCCGUACUUCCUGUUGGCGAUUUAUGCAUUUAUUCUAUCCUUUUAUAAGAUAUUUGCUUAUUGCUGUAUGCUUUAUUACUAUCGAUGCAUCACUUUAUCCACCCGUUAUCAUUGGAAAUAAAGAUUUUCAAGAAUACAAAGGUCAACCAUAUACUGAGAAAAAAGAUGGCGAAACAUUGGAAUUGAACUGCUCAACAACGGAAGCCGUUAAAUGGAUAUUGCCUGAUAACAUUUUCCAUACCAACUUCGAUCCUAAGGAGCGAACAGGUAGAGUCAUAGAGAGCAGCUUUGAUAUUGGAUUUCGGAGUUUACGAAUAGAGCAGCUGAAAAGCUCGGACACGGGUGAAUAUGUUUGUGUUGCAGAGCAUUCCGGAUUUAGUUCCUCCGUAUAUGUAUAUGUAUCCAGUAACAAAAAUGGAAAGUCAGUUAGAACAGGGUCGUUCUUGAAUUCUGGUCCCUUAAUUAUUUCUAAAGAACUUCGAGGACUUAAUGUGAUCUUGCCAUGCAGAACAGAUAAAUUCAUUGAAAGCGGUGUGGAGUUGUUCAUUAAUCAUAUAAAGCAGACCGGAGAAAUUCAGUUUGAUCCGAGGAUCGGAUUCAUUGUGGAUCGAGGGCUUCUUAACGAUCGUGCGGAGGUGCCGGUUCGUUGUGAAUAUUUGGGCCAUACUUCAGAAAUGAUAAUAGUACCGAUAAAAAAUGAUAAAGAAAUGGAAUACUCGCCAGUUAUUGAGGUGUCGAAUACAUGGCCUUACGUUAGCCAGGAAUUAAAUAUGAACUGUACCUUUCAUACAAGAGAUGGAUUUAGAUAUAUGCUGACCUGGAAAUGCCCUCAGUGUGAAAAUGAGACGGUAUGCUGCUUUUACAAAUCAUUGUUCUCUGCUGCAAUUUAUAAGGAUCGCGUCGUUUCAAAUCGUUAUAUGAAAAUUGGAGAUGGUAUCAAGAAACUGUUGUUUAUUAGAGAUUUGCAUGAGAGCGAUUCUGGAAAUUAUGAGUGCAUAGUGACAAAUAGGGAUGAUGGUCAUGAUGUUCGUCGAAGUACGCAUCGGUUGCAAGUGUCACCCACAAGAGGACAACUGAAAGUGAUAGAUUUCUCGGAAAAUAUUGAUUCUGAAGAGGGUAAAACUGUGAGGUUGUUUCAUAUAGCAAGAGCAUUUCCAAGCGAUGAAUAUAGUUCUGAGUGGCGAAAGUAUUCGAAAACGAUAUCAUCUGGAGAAGAAUUCAUGGAGAUAAUCAAAAAAGAUAUAAGAAGUGAAGUGAAUGCAGAUCUUCAUGAAGAUGAAUUAUCAAUCAUUAAUGCUACUGUUGAUGAUUCUGCGAUUUAUCAGUUAGUGAUAAGAGUGUCGCAGGAUUAUAUUUACCGGAAAAAUUGGACAUUAUCCAUUCGUCCCAUCGAUAUCCAACCACACAUUACUAUACAUGAUCAGUUCGGCCAACUUCUGGUAUCUGAUGUGUUAAUCGAUUCGAAAAUAAUUGUUACGUGCUUAGUGAAAGAUACAAGAUCUCGCAAAUUACGUCUGUUAUACGUAACAAGAGGCGGUGAGUGGGAACAACCUGAUGAUAGCAAAGAAUUAUCCGGUUUCACUUUCGAAUCUGCUAUAAAAUGGAUAACAUAUGCGAAGGAGCAUAUGCGAAUACGUUGUGAAGAUGAUGAAACCAAUAAGGUGGAUGAAAAGAAUUUGGUCGUCUCCGAAGUGGAGACAAUUAACGCAUCUUUUAUUGCCAAAAAGCCGAUUGAUUUACUCAAUGAAGACAACAAUAUCUAUGAAAAAGAUCAUCUCGAGCUGAUUUGCAUACUGCCACUAAACGAUGAUUUUGAUGUUGUUUGGAUGCGAGAUGAUGUUCAGUUGGCAUAUCCUGAACGGCAUGUCACUAUAUACUCUCAGAAAUUCAUAACGACACUGGAUGACAUUAGUUCGAACGAGUCGGGGAAUUAUGAAUGUAUUGCUAAAUCGAAAAAUACACAUAUUUAUCGCAGUUACACAUUGCACAUCAAAAUAAACGUAGUAGUCGCUCCGCACAUUGUCGGAACUGAAGAAGAAUAUGAGCAUUUGGCGAAAUAUGGAGAAAAGGCAGAACUUGUAUGUCCUAUUGAAGGAGAGCCAGAACCACUUUACAGAUGGCUUAAAAAUGGUAUUGAGUACAAUGGCUACGGCAGUUUGACGAAGAAAAUUGAUUUUCCUCGAGUUUUGGUUGAAGAUAAAGCAACUUACACAUGUGUUGCAAAAAAUCGCGCUGGUUCACAACAGGUUUCUAUUAGACUUGAGGCAAGUUCGAUGAGGAUGUUCUUAAGUUUUGCUUUGUUAUCUUUAGUCGAUGAGCCUGCGUAUAUUCGGUCAUCAAAAUAUUGGUGGACUCUUGGUUUUGCAACGGUUAGUGUAUUGGUCUUGCUCCUUAUGGCGCUUCUUUUCCUAUUGAAACAACGUUGUAAAAGUAAGCGACAGGAGGAACGACUGCGUGCACUAUAUAAUCAGUUGAUGAGGGAGUCAAAUGGAGAAUAUCAUGAUGGAUCGAUUGGUCUCAAGCAACCACUACAUGAGCGAGUUGAACAGUUACCCUAUGACCGCAGAUAUGAAAUUAACAAAGACAAACUUUUUUUUAAGCAGUCACUUGGCGGAGGACAUUUCGGACAAGUGUAUCUAGGUGAGCUGAGCAAACCUCGAGUCAGUGAUUCGUUAGCUGUGUCAGAUGUACUAAAAGUAGCUAUCAAAGCUCCACGUGAUGGACGUAAUGUGCAUCAUCAAAAGGCACUUGCUGAUGAAUUGAAAAUAAUGAUCGCUAUUGGUGUUCAUCCGAAUGUUCUGUGUUUAAUUGGCGCAGUGACAAAACAAAUGUCCAGUGGGCAACUCUAUAUGAUCAUGGAAUAUUGCGAGAAUGACAAUUUGAAAGAUUAUUUGUCAAAAAACAGUGCAGGUUUUCUGAAUGAAGUUGAAAUAAGUAGAGAACCGUUGAGCAGCGAUGGAUACUUGUCACCAACACGGAACGCACAACAUAAACCCCAAAUAUAUUUGGCGGAACUAAAGCUCCAAUGGGCCAUUGAAGUAGAUGAAGAACGAAUGGCUGAUAAAAUGAUUACCACGAGUGAUCUGAUAUCAUUUGGAUACCAAGUCGCCAAUGGAAUGGAAUACUUGUCUAGUAAAACGUGUAUUCAUCGAGAUAUUGCUGCUCGAAAUAUCUUGGUAACAAAGAAACGAGCUAUACGUAUAGCAGAUUUUGGUUUAGCACGUAAGGAUUCUACAGUUUAUCAUAUACGAAGCAGCCAAAGUGUACCGUUACCUCUCAAGUGGAUGGCAUUAGAAUCAAUUUUAUAUCACAAUUUCACUGAACAAUCCGAUGUUUGGUCCUAUGGUGUACUGCUGUGGGAAAUAUUUUCUCUUGGUAAAGUUCCAUAUCCACAAAUUGACAAUAAUGAUCUUCUAAGUUAUUUGCUAGAAGAAAAUCGCAUGGAACAACCCAAACUUGCUCCAGAUGACAUAUAUAACCUGAUGAGACAGUGUUGGCUUUCGGAUCCUAGUAACCGGCCUAUGUUCUCCGAAUGUAAAGUUUUAAUGAAAACGCAUCUUUCACGUGCUUCUCCACCGCUGAGUACAAGGCUUGACAAAAUCUUGGAAGAAGACCAAAUUAUGAUGGAAAAGUACAGCGAAUGGCGUGAUUCAGAGGAGAUUGAACAAGAUCUUAGGAGCCAAGCUACUCGAAAUGGGUUUAUUGCUAUUCCAACGCAAGAACCGCAAACAAAUUCCAAUAUAUAUAUGAUAUGUUUGUUUAUGCGGUAG